GGAAGGAAGUUCUUCUCCUCCUAGCAGAGAGCACAACCCCAUUAAACUUAGUUACAAUUGCAACCACUGCAGCCACAACAAUAAUCUCCAUCUUUCAAGAAAACUGAUUGCCCAACAGGUUAGAUUGAAAGAAGAAGAAAAACAAUGGCCACCAAUUCAAUAAAACUCCUGACAGGAAAUUCCCACCCAGAAUUAGCCAAAAAGGUCGCCGAACGGUAUAUACACCUCCCUCACCACCCCCCGCUUCUCCUCUAGCCGGCUAACAAAAGAUUCAGUCUAGGCAUCGACCUCCUCGACAUGUCUGUCUUCAAAUACUCCAACCAGGAAACCAGCGUAAUAAUGCGCGAGUCAGUGCGUGACGAGGACGUUUUCAUCCUGCAGUCGACGAAGCCGGGCGAGGAGCUUAACGACGGCCUGAUGGAGUUGCUGAUAAUAAUAAAGGCCUGCAAGACGGCCUCCGCGCGGCGAAUAACUGCUGUGAUGCCAAACUACCCAUACGCAAGGCAGGACAAAAAGGACAAGAGCCGCGCACCGAUCAGCGCGAAACUGCUGGCGAACAUGCUCCAGAAAGCUGGAUGCAAUCACAUCAUCACGAUGGAUCUGCACGCCAGCCAGAUCCAGGGCUUUUUCGACGUGCCAGUUGAUAAGUGCGUCCACCCAGCCCACAAUUUUUGCCCCCGCUUCACGGAAACUGACCAGGAGUUAGUUUGUAUGCGGAACCGUCCACGCUCCGUUACAUCCGCGAGAAUUUCGACUACAGGAACGCAGUGAUCGUAUCUCCGGAUGCUGGCGGCGCCAAACGCGCGACCGCACUGGCCGACCGUCUAGACCUAAACUUCGCCCUCAUACAUAAAGAGCGCGCGCGGCCCAACGAGGUGUCGAGGAUGACGCUGGUCGGAGAUGUCGCCGGGAAGAUCGCCAUCCUCGUCGACGAUAUGGCGGAUACUUGUGGCACGCUGGUUAAAGCCGCCGACGUGCUCAUAGCUUCCGGAGCCAAGGAGGUUGUGGCCAUCGUUACGCACGGGAUACUUAGCGGGAGCGCCUGCGAGAAAAUCAACAGCAGCAAGCUAAGCAAGGUCGUGGUCACGAACACGGUCCCCCACGAGGAGAAGAAGAAGGGGUGUGCGAAGUUGGAGACUAUCGAUAUUGCGCCUACGGUACCCGCCCUCUCUAUAUGCUUGAAGAAUCGUACUGAUACCCAUGGCGUGCUUAGUUAGCGGAAGCCUGCAGAAGAACACAUAAUGGCGAGAGCGUGUCGUUCUUGUUCUCUCAUGCUCCGGUUUAAUCCUCUCCCUUUUAUUUCUUUUUGUAACAGCCAAGGGAGGGGGGAGAAAAGCAAAAACAAAAGUUCCCUCCUGUUUUUGUUUUUGUUCCGCUAUAGCUCGCCAUCGCACCUUUUUCCUGCCUGGUUGCAUGUCCAAUGACUGUGCUUCCCCUACUCAUCGCGAUCCAGUAGACCACCGUAGUCCCUGUAAGUUUAAACCGAAAGCACUUGUAUAGUGUUAAGCUCUCGCCCAGUUUUCAUUAAUUCCUCCAAUCCUGCAAUAACACCGCAUUCUAGUCACGAACGCUCACUCGCAAGUUUUGUUUUUCUCUGCCAACUCGAGUUUUUCCCAAAGAAAAAAAAAGAAAAACUCUUCUACACAGGUCAAGUUGCACUGAGCCAAGCUAAACCACUUGAAUGCCGAGCCGCCGAUAUACCGAGGAAGAAUGCGGUACAAUAGGCUGAAGAUAGAAGAGAGGAUCAAGAUGAGAAAAACGUAUCAACCAACGACAAACUAAGGAAAAGAAAAAAAGAAACUCCGGAAAUGCAAUGGAUAUGUAAUUUACGAUGGUGUCAUCUAGGUAUAUGUAUAUAUAUGU